UCCUCAUCAGCACUUUGUUUACUCUGUCUUUCUGCAGCUGCACCUUCUGCUGAGCUCUGCUGAGCUGCUAACACCACCACCACACCAAGAUCUUCUUCAAACCCUGAAGCUCGUGUCGGACUGACCCACGGAGCUGAGGAUGACUCGUCGCGUGGCUGUGGUCGGAGCAGGCAGCUCAGGUCUGACCUGCAUUAAGUGCUGCCUGGAUGAGGGGCUGGAACCGGUCUGCUUUGAGAGCAGCGAUGACAUCGGGGGUCUCUGGAGGUUUAAGGAGAACCCAGAACCAGAACGGGCCAGCAUCUACCACUCUCUCAUCAUCAACACCUCCAAGGAGAUGAUGAGCUUCAGUGACUACCCCAUCCCUGCACACUUCCCAAACUUCAUGCACAACUCCCUCAUCAUGGACUACUUCCGGAUGUACGCGGACCACUUCCACCUGCACAAGCACGUUCGUCUCAAUACCAAAGUCCUGCAGAUCAAGCAGAGAUCAGACUUUUCCCGCUCAGGCCAGUGGGACGUAGAGACGGAGAACAAGGAUGGAAAACAGGAAAGGCACAUUUUUGAUGCCGUGAUGAUCUGCAUUGGGCAUCACUGCGAGCCACACCUGCCUCUGCAGGACUUCCCAGGCAUUGAGACUUUCAAGGGCAAGUAUUUCCACAGCAGAGACUACAAAACUCCUGAGGAGUGGAGGAAUAAGAAGGCUGUGGUGGUGGGAAUAGGAAACUCUGGAAUAGACAUCGCUGUUGAGCUGAGCAGAGUCACCAAACAGCUGUACCUGAGCACUCGAAGAGGAGCGUGGAUCCUUAACAGAGUGGGAGAGAAAGGKAUACCUCUGGACCUGAUUUUUAACCGGGUGCUGGAAAUGCUCCAAAGAUAUCUUCCCUUUGGAUUUCUCUGUUCACUGGGAGAGAACUGGCUCAACCAAAGAUUUGACCAUGCUCUGUACAAUCUAAAGCCAAAGCACAGGCUGUUCAGCCAGCAUCCUACUGUCAAUGAUGAUCUUCCCAACCGCAUCCUGUCUGGAACCGUCCAAGUGAAACCCAACAUCCGCAGAGUUCACGGGUCCAGCGUGGAGUUUGAUGAUGGCAGUGUGGUGGAUGAUAUAGACCUGCUGGUGUUUUGCACAGGCUACUCGUUCUCUUAUCCGUUCCUGGCCUCCAGUGUGAUCUCAGUGUCUGAGAACAAAGCCAGUCUGUACAAAUAUGUGUUUGCUCCUGAGCUGGACCACCCGACGCUGGCUGUCAUCGGUCUGGUGCAGCCGUUAGGGGCCAUCAUGCCCAUCUCUGAGAUGCAGGCCAGAUGGGCCACGCGAGUCUUCAAAGGCUGCAUCAAACUUCCUCCAACUAAAGUCAUGCUCAAAGACAUCGAGUACAAGAAGGAGGCCAUGGCUAAAAGGUACGUGACCAGCCAGAGACACACCAUCCAGGUCGACUACAUCACUUACAUGGACGAGAUCUCAGAGAUCGUGGGAGUUCAUCCCAGAAUCUUCAGGACCAUGCUAACUGAUCCCCAGCUWGGAGUGAAACUGUUAUUCGGUCCCUGCACCCCUUACCAGUACCGUCUCCGAGGACCAGGGAAGUGGGCCGGAGCGCGCCGGGCCAUCUUCACCCAGUGGGAGAGGGUGGUUCAGCCCAUGCAGACCAGGCCGUGCAGCCAGCCCAAAGCCAAGAGGUCCUCCCUGUGGGCUCUGGUCCUGCCCACCGCUGCAGUGGCCCUGCUGUCCUACCACUACAGAAACAAUGUUUCAGCUUUUCUGCAGGAUCCCUCUGCUUUCCUGGCCAGCUUUAACAUCCACCUGUAGUCCAAGCUUCAGCUCUGCCUGUUUCAACCAUCACACCUGAAAAAAGUGCAAAUAUGUUCAGAAUGAGUUGUAAACAACAACAGCAGUAACAUAAUUUUAUGCAUCUAUUAUAACAUUAUAAAAACAAGUUAUUCGUGAUAUUAAAUGAGUCAUUAUCUGUCCAGUUUACARAUGUGUUUUUAUGAUUCUCUACAUGUAACCUUGUAUGAUUUUUAUUCAUGAUCUCUGCAGAAAUGUGCUUCUCCUGCUUUGUGUAUUUUAUCAAUAAAAUUACUUGUUGCUCA